AUGGAGGUGUUUGAUGUUUGGGCUAAAUACUUCAACAAAAAUUCCCUGACCCUCUUCCUGACCACCAUGCUGCUUAGGGGCCUGGGCCACCGUGGUCUGAGCCUGUGCCCACGGCAGUUUCUGAUACCGGGCUAUUUCGUUAGCAUCGACGCGCAUGCUGAAGAGUGCUUCUUUGAGCGGGUCACCUCGGGCACCAAGAUGGGCCUCAUCUUCGAGGUGGCAGAGGGCGGCUUCCUGGACAUCGACGUGGAGAUUACAGGACCAGAUAACAAAGGAAUUUACAAAGGAGACAGAGAAUCCAGUGGGAAAUACACAUUUGCUGCUCACAUGGACGGAACAUACAAAUUUUGUUUUAGUAACCGGAUGUCCACCAUGACUCCAAAAAUAGUGAUGUUCACCAUUGAUAUUGGGGAGGCUCCAAAAGGACAAGAUAUGGAAACAGAAGCUCACCAGAACAAGCUAGAAGAAAUGAUCAAUGAGCUAGCAGUGGCGAUGACAGCUGUAAAGCACGAACAGGAAUACAUGGAAGUCCGGGAGAGAAUACACAGAGCCAUCAACGACAACACAAACAGCAGAGUGGUCCUUUGGUCCUUCUUUGAAGCUCUUGUUCUAGUUGCCAUGACAUUGGGACAGAUCUACUACCUGAAGAGAUUUUUUGAAGUCCGGAGGGUUGUUUAAAAAGCCUCUUCCUGAUGAUCCCAACUCAGAAUUCACUGUUUACCAAACACCUUGGUCAUAAUAAUGUCAUUAGUUUCUCCAUUUUUAUUUUCUGAACUGUACAUUCACAACUUAUGUUUCUUUGUGAUUAAUAGAUAUUGGGGG